AUGUUAAGUGCAUUUGAUCGAGGUGGACGGAAUACUUUGCCCCCGCUAUUGGCGGGGAUCCCUCCUCACCUGUGCCGGGUCUCGGCCCUACCUUCUCGGCGGCGGCGUCCUCGCCGCCGCGGCAGGCGCGGUGGUCGGCUUGUGAAGCUGAAGCUCUGGCUGUCACGUUCUUCGUCUUUCCCCCGGGCAGGAUAUGGAUUAUUCCCUUCUGUCACUGUGCCCCGGCGUUUCAUCGACCCCAUUGAUGUCUGCCUGGUACCUGUCACUGGCUCAGUCGAGGGACUCCAGCCCCGCCGCCUCUGCCCUCUUCGGCUCUCUCGGUGUGGGGUGAACCACCAGCUCCUGAGGACGCUGCCCCUGGCUCCAGGAUCUACCGAACCGCAGGCCCCGGCUCCGACCAGGAUUGGUUUGGUAAACGCCAGAUCCCUGGCGAACAAAACUUUCAUCCUGAGGGAUUUCUUCAGCUCCUGUGCCCUGGACUUCCUCUGCGUGACGGAGACGUGGAUCGGUGCAGGUGACUGUAGCGCUUUGGUCGAACUUUUACCGGCCGGCUGUUCUUAUUUUAGCUCCCCGCGGAAGUCGGGUCGUGGUGGAGGAACGGCGGCGGUUUAUAAACAUGUCUUUAAAUGCAAGCAGUACGUCGACUCACCCUCUUUCGCAAGUUUUGAGGUGACUAUGUUUGAAGUGGGUCGCUCCGACCCGGUGCUGUGCGCUGUUAUUUACCGACCCCCCAAAUACAAUAAGGACUUUGUCAGUGAUUUUUCUCAAUUUCUGGCUGAGCUCAUGCCCAAAUAUGACCGUGCCCUUUUUGUUGGGGAUUUUAAUCUUCAUGUGUGUUGUCCCGAUAAGCCGCUGGUAAAGGACUUCAUAAGCCUCAUUGACUCUUUUAACCUGGUGCAGUGUGUGUCUGGUCCCACACAUGAACGUGGACACACCUUAGACCUCGUCCUCUCGCAUGGUUUAUCCGUGUCAAACGUGGAGAUUUGUGACAAUGUGUUUUCGGAUCAUAUGCCUGUACUGUUUGAUGUUGAUUUCUCCUGUGCUGUCUCUGAAUCUCGCGCCCCGGUUCAGAGACGGAGGAUUAUUAACCCUUUUACUGCUGGUCGGUUCUCUGUGGCUUUUGAUCAGCUCUGUGCCUACCCUGUCUCUGGUAACACAGAGGAGCUCAGCUCUUGGUUUGACUCAUCCUGUCUGACCAUACUGGACUCUGUGGCUCCAUUAAAAGCUGUGAAACCCAGGGCUAAAUCUGAGCCCUGGUUGAACGAGGACACUCGCGCAACCAGACGGGAAUGUCGCAAGGCUGAGCGAAGGUGGAAGAAGGACAAGCUGCAGGUUUCAUUCCAAAUCUUACAGAACUCUCUUGAUAGGUUUGAGUCUGUGUCUCUGUCAUUUUUAGAAGAUCUGGUUGACCAUCUUCAGCCUUCGGGUUCUCCCUGUGAUGCUGUCUCUCCUCGCCUGUUUAAAGAGGUUUUCCCUAGUAUAGGGCAGUCAGUCUUGGCCAUCAUCAAUAGCAGUCUGUCCUCUGGUAUUGUUCCCCUAAGUUUUAAACAUGCAGUGGUGCAGCCCCUACUUAAGAAACCUGGCCUGGAUCGCAGUGUGCUGGCCAACUAUAGGCCCAUCUCCAAGCUCCCUUUUAUCUCAAAAAUUUUAGAGAAAGUUAUCCAUGUCCAGCUGAAGUCAUUCCUGGACGAGCAUGAAGUCUUGGAAGUUUUUCAAUCUGGUUUUAAAACACGCCAUAGCACUGAGUCGGCUUUGUUAAGAGUUUGUAAUGACAUCCUCCUGGCAAAUGACUCUGGUGACCAUGUCAUCCUUGUCCUUUUGGACCUAACUGCGGCUUUUGACACGGUGGACCACAGUAUCCUAGUGGCUCGGCUAAGCCAACUAGUGGGCAUCUGUGGUACCGCACUUGAAUGGUUCAAAUCAUAUUUGUCCAACAGGUCUAUGAGUGUACGCAUUGGAAACUCUGUUUCUGACUCAGCUCCGCUUCUGUAUGGGGUUCCACAGGGGUCCAUUUUAGGUCCACUGCUGUUCUCACUGUAUCUACUGCCUCUGGGUUCCAUCCUGAGAAAGCAUGGCAUCUCCUUCCACUGCUACGCUGAUGACAGUCAAAUAUAUGUGCCGCUGAAAAAGAAAAAUGCCUUUUCCCUCUCACCACUUCUUGCGUGCCUUGAAGACAUCAAAGCAUGGAUGGCUUUGAACUUUCUAAACUUCAAUGAAAAAAAGACAGAAGUAAUGGUGUUUGGUCCCAGUGGCCCUUGUGAACUCCCUCCGGUUGAUCUGGGCCCUUUGGCCGUCUAUUUUAAGUCGAAAGUCUCAAACUUGGGUUUUAAGCUUGACAGUGAUUUUAAGAUGGAUCAGCAGAUCAGCUCUAUAGUAAAGUCCAGCUUUUUUCACAUUAGGCAGCUGGCAAAGGUGAAGCCUUUCCUUGCACGACAGCACUUUGAAACAGUAAUCCAUGCCUUUGUCACAUCCCGGCUGGAUUACUGCAAUGCACUUUAUUUAGGAAUCAGUCAGUCCUCCCUCGCACGUCUCCAGUUGGUCCAGAAUGCAGCCGCUCGCCUUUUAAUUGGAGCACGUAAAAGGGAGCACAUAACGCCCAUUUUAGCCUCCCUCCACUGGUUGCCUGUGCAUUUUAGAGUCCAUUUUAAGAUUAUUUUAUUUGUUUUUAAAUCUUUAAAUGGUCUCGCCCCGCCCUACCUCUCUGAGCUGAUCCAUCUCUAUGCCCCUGCUCGGUGCCUCAGGUCAGCUGAUCAGCUGCUCCUGGAGGUACCGAGGUCCAAGCGGAAGCUCAGGGGGGAUAGGGCUUUUUCUGUCGCUGCUCCCAAACUGUGGAACGAUCUUCCUUUAGCCGUCAGACAAGCCCCCUCACUGUCCACUUUUAAAAGUCGUCUU